AUGUCUCUGGAAAUUUCACCCCCCUCACGCACCCUUCCGACGAGCUCUCCGAAUCUAAUGCCUUUCCACAUUGAAUACUCUGGCCCAGCACCGAUAUCUCGCUACUUCCGACCCGAACCAGCGCCUGCAACAAACGAGACGCGCCACCUGACAACGGCGCUCAGCUCAGCCAGUGUAAUUACUCUCACGGGGGGGCCUACUGCAAGCACCUCCGAGUCGAAAAGCAGUGUUACAUCGGAGUGCAGUGUCGCAACAUCUGUGACCGCCGUUGAGGCGGUAGAUAUGUUGGAACCUAAGGAGACGAUUGGUGCAGACACUCAACCAAGUUCAGAGCUCGAUUCUGCGCACGGCUCAGAACGAAAACUGAUGGCAGCGUUCAGAGGGAGGCGAGUUGUCGGGCAGGAUGUGAAACUGCCUGAUGGGUACGGUGGACUUGUAUUACAGGCGCCUUCCCUCAGAAGUGUUGCGGGAAGUCGUAGCAGAACCAGUGGUUUUUGUAAACCGCCUUCUGCAGCAAAUUCAAAACCGGCUAGUACACGACGAACUACGCGUAAAUCGGCGCGUGGUCGCAAGUUGGAUGAAGAUGUGGCUAUGGAAGAAGCUGUCGAUUCGGCAGAAGAAGAUUACCAACAUGGACUACCACCGAAAGCAGUUCGCCAACUAGUGCCAGUGUCAACGUUCUCCUCAUUCACGAUCUGGUCGCCUGAUAUCCCUGUGGAUGAAGGGAAGGACGAAUAUAUGCGUACUCUGAUCGAGUGGACGAAGCUUGCAACAGAGGAGCGGGCAUUUGGGCAGGUACUGGUUACCAGGGAGCGAGGAUAUUCUGAUUUCGCUUUGAGCGCCAAAGCAUAUGCUUUGACGUGUCCAUUCGGAAAAGGUUCCUGGGAUGUCCCGGAAUUGCUUGGCGCGUCAUGA